GAGCUCGGGUUGUUGUUGAGGCAGCGCUUCGGCGGCGGACACGGGACAGGCGGCCGCUCGAGCGCACUGUGAGGCCCGCCAUGGCGUACGCUUACCUCUUCAAGUACAUCAUCAUCGGCGACACAGGAGUAGGGAAGUCAUGUUUAUUAUUACAGUUUACAGACAAGAGAUUCCAACCUGUUCACGAUCUUACCAUUGGUGUAGAAUUUGGGGCUCGGAUGAUUACCAUUGAUGGAAAGCAAAUCAAACUUCAGAUCUGGGAUACAGCCGGGCAAGAGUCUUUCCGUUCCAUCACAAGAUCCUACUACAGAGGAGCUGCUGGAGCCUUGCUAGUUUAUGACAUCACAAGAAGGGACACUUUUAAUCACUUGACAACUUGGUUAGAAGAUGCUCGCCAACAUUCCAACUCCAACAUGGUCAUCAUGCUUAUUGGAAAUAAAAGUGAUUUAGAGUCAAGACGGGAGGUGAAAAAGGAAGAAGGGGAAGCAUUUGCAAGAGAACAUGGCCUAAUCUUCAUGGAAACUUCUGCAAAGACUGCUUCCAACGUAGAAGAGGCAUUUAUUAACACGGCAAAGGAGAUUUAUGAAAAAAUACAGGAAGGUGUCUUUGAUAUAAACAAUGAGGCAAACGGCAUAAAGAUUGGACCACAGCAUGCUUCAACCGGUGCAACGCUCACAGGUGGCCAGGGAGGACAACAGGGAGGUGGAGGUUGCUGUUGAGAUUCUUCGACUUUGUAUCUGCUUAACUUGGGCCUCUUUCCUGUUCUGUCACCCUUCCUUCCCCUGCUCCAAUGCAAGAAGACCAUUAUCGUAUGGUUUGUCUAAUGGGAGAAAUCUGGAAAGUCCUUCGUAAAUCUUGUAAAGCUGUCGUAUAUACCGUUAGC